CUGUUUAGCGACGCUCAUUUGACGCGACCGACAGCGCAGGAGGAGAAAGAGGGAGGGUGAACGAAAAAGAGGCUGGUCGUGUUGACAGUGUGACAGAUUCACACACACAGGGACUCAGCGUAAACCUUCCCUCUGUCCCUCUGUCUUUCCGUCUGUCUCUCUCUCCGUGUGUCUGUCUCUCUGUCUGUCUUCACUGAGCGGCAACACAAGCGUCAGCGUCGGUGAAAGCCUGCAGCUCAUCGCCCGGAGCCGCGCACUUUCUCUCCCGCAGUUGUUCCAGGCGCUGACUCAGAUUCUUCUCCGAUCAACAGUAGACUGGAACUCACCUUCAAACCCUUAAAGCUACCAUAAGAAGACCCACAGUGGGCCUGCAGUCAACUGAACCACUACUACAAACCCUCACCUCACCUCACUUCAGUUCACUCAAGAGGAAAAUGGAGAACUGACCCGAGGACCAGCAGGCAACAGAAAGCAGCUCCUCCCUCCCCCCAUUCACUAGCAGCCAUGGCGGGGUUCAAACGUCAUCAUGACGGGAAGAUUGCUGGGCUGUAUGACCUGGACAAGACUCUUGGCCGCGGCCAUUUUGCCGUGGUGAAACUGGCGCGACAUGUAUUCACUGGUGAAAAGGUUGCGGUAAAGGUGAUAGAUAAGACGAAGCUGGACCCAGUGGCUCGGGGUCACCUUUUCCAGGAGGUGCGGUGUAUGAAAAUGGUGCAACACCCCAACGUAGUGCGUCUGUACGAGGUCAUUGACACGGCCACUAAGCUCUACCUCAUUCUGGAGCUGGGAGACGGAGGAGACAUGUACGACUGCAUCAUGAAGCACGACGGAGGACUCAGUGAAGAGGUUGCCAAGUGUUACUUUGCCCAAAUUGUCCACGCCAUCUCCUACUGUCACCGGCUCCAUGUGGUACACAGGGACCUGAAGCCAGAGAACGUGGUGUUUUUUGAGAAGCAGGGUGUUGUCAAGCUCACCGACUUCGGCUUUAGCAACCGGUUUCAGCCCGGGAAAACACUCAACACCUCCUGUGGCUCGCUGGCCUACUCUGCUCCUGAAAUACUGCUGGGCGACGAGUAUGACGCUCCUGCAGUAGAUAUAUGGAGUCUGGGGGUGAUCCUGUUCAUGCUGGUCUGUGGUCAGCCGCCGUUCCAGGAGGCCAACGACAGCGAGACGCUCACCAUGAUCAUGGACUGUAAAUACACGGUGCCUCCACACAUCUCCACCGCGUGCAGAGAUCUCAUAGGCCAUAUGCUGCAGAGGGACCCCACGAGACGAGCGACGCUCGAGCAGAUCCAGGCCCACGAGUGGCUCCAAGGCGUCGACCCCUCCCCGGCCACCAAGCUGUCCACUCCUCUGGUGUCGCACCGCAGCCUGUCGGAGGAGGAGCACGGCUCCAUCAUUCAGCGCAUGGUGCUGGGUGCCAUCGCAGACAGAGACACCAUCACUGAGGCUCUGGAGUCAAAUCAGUACAACCACAUCACAGCGACUUACUUUCUGCUGGCUGAGAGGAUGCUGAGGGACCGGCAAGAGAAGGAGCUACACAGCCAGACGCGAUCACCCAGCCCCAGCAAGGCCCAGUUCAGACAGUCCUGGCCCACGAGAGUGGACGUUCACCAGGAUGUCAAUGACGGUUUGGGGGGUCCUUCCAUGUCCCACCCGGGGGGGCCACAGUCCCCUGCCCGUAGUGCCGAGAGCCUCCACAAAGGCCCCAGGCCCAAAACAGCUCUGCUGGACAUCAGCCAGCGGCAGGAGAGCCGCACUAAAUCAUCCAGCCAAGAGAGGGGGCUGCGGCCUCUGCCAAAGCCCCACUCCAACCCUAACAGACUGGGCUCUCUGAUCUCAGGGGGCUCUGGUAAAACACGCAGUCCCAGUCUCUUCAGUGUGGAAGAGGAUGAGGAGGAGGACGGGGAGGAAGACAAAUUCUCCUCCGCUCUGCCGCAGGUGGUGCUUCGGAGCAAAACCUCGUCCUCCGGUAACCGGCUGUCUUCUCGUAUGAGCGCUCCAGUCCUGAACCAGAUACACGAGGAGAUUAAAGAGGAGGACGAGGACGAGGAGGACGAGGGAAGUAAGCUGCACGGACUCGGUCGGCCCAAACCCAGCCUCAGCCUCAGUCUGAACUCUCAGAUAUCCUCGUCUUCAUCACUCGCACCUUCACCGAGCGCCGUCAAGGCACCGGUGGCUACUUUCACCCCGAGCUCGGAGACGAGCGAUGACGACACGGAGAGUCACCGCAAAGUGGACAAAGCAUCUGUGGCUGGGAAAAGGGAGGAGAGAGGAGGGAGGAAAGGGGGUAGAGAGAAACGGGGGGCAGGGGAGGGAAGUCCCUCUAACGCUGCCAGUCCUGGAUCAGGUUCAGGCCAAGGCAAAGGCACAGCCAAAGCCCCAAGUGGUCUGGUGGAGAGCCUGAAGCUCAUGAGCCUGUGCCUGAGCUCUCAGUUCCAUAACUUGACGGGGGGAGGAGGCGGAGGAGGAGGAGGAGGAGGCGUCGGCGUCGGUGUCGGUGGCAAUGGCGGUGUAAAUGUCGGGGUAGACAACCAGGACCGUCCCAUGUGGAGGAUGUGCAUGGGCGGCUCCACCGGGAGCCUGGACAAGGUCUCGCUCCUGGGCGGACCCUCCCCCCGGGGGAACCUCUACCAGCAGCCGCCGCUGGGCGACGUCCUGGUCGACCCGCUGCUGGACGGCCCCUGCUCGGGCUCGCUGAGGCUGGGGGAGCUGGACCUGGCCCGCGAGAACCACAGGAACAUGAAGAACCGCCUGAUGCAGAUGCCGCUGAGCGACAAGACUCUGUCCGUCAACAUCCACCGGAGUCCCAAGGAGGGUCUGCUCUGCACCCCCACCCCGCACAGCUGCUGCCAGGUCAUCUAGAGCACAGCUGCUGCACCUCCACACUCCUCCACACUCCUCCACACUCCUCCACACUACUCCACCUCCUCCACCUCCGUCCUGCCUUUGUUUUUGUUAUAUCAGCCUUGGCUCACGUUAUUUAUACAUUUAUCGCAGUUUCCUUUUUGUUCAACACUUGACGGUGGACGACUGGGAGACAAAAUGCAAACCUUGCACAUUUUAGAGACACAGAGAAAGUCUCUGUGGAGGAGACCGGGUGCCACGCCAAGUAUGUGAAGAAGCACUUUAACUCGAUGAAACGAGACACUGAGGAGGACGUUUGAACCUGCCGGUGUUGAGACAAGAGACGGACACUAAAGCAGUCGGUGCUCACACACUGCUGCGCUUAUAUAUACAGCACGGACACACGGACGUUCACUCCUUCAUCAUCAUCACUCCCAAUAAGCUGAUAUAAAGGAUGAGGAUGUUUUAGUAUCAUGUUACAUAUUUCGUGUACUUUAAACGCUGAUGAUUUUCCUUUUAUUUUUAAAUACAUAAUUUGUGAGAUUAUUUUUUUGGAGACAGCUGUUUUAUUAUUAUUAUUGUUAUUAUUUUUUUUUAAAGAAAAAAAAAACGUCCCGACUGAAAGAAUUAAGUGUGUUUUCAUUCACAAGUGGACAUAAUGACGACGGACAGACGGACGGCAGCACUUAGCGUACAGAACGACGGUGGCUCACAGUAUUUUGUAACGUAUUCCUGUUUUAUUUUUCUAUCUCAGAAAACGUGCUCUCUCUCUCUCCCUCUCUCUCUCUUUCUCUCUGUCUCUCUCUCUCUCUCUCUGGAACGUAACGCUCACAUUCACAAGAGUUUGUAGAUAUUGUGAAUAACCUCCUGCAGUAGUUCUCUGUCCCUGUAGUAUUUGACGGUGAAGUUGUAUCGCAGUAGAAACCCUGAAAAACCAACUAGAAUCUUAACUGAACACCACAUUUAACUCCUCACUCACUACUGGAUAUUCAAGGUUUGCGUUGAGCCCAGAGUUUAAAUCCCCCGCCGACACACACACAUAUAUAAGUAUAAAUGGCAGCUCUUUAAAUGAACAUGAACAACAGUCGUUUUCUGGGUGAAACUAAACCGUGUUUAUCCCGUAGCUUUUCCUCCUCCAGAAUCACGGUAGCCACAGUUGUAGCCGAGAAAACCACACAGAUUAUAACUCCAUUGCCCCGUUUCAAAGUAUCAGUCUGUGUAACUGGAUGUGUGACCCGACCCUCGUGGCAUAUAUUACCUGACAGUGCAUGUGUUUUUUGCUGUAGCAUUCUUCUAUUUAAAAAAAACCCACUGAGGUCAAAACCACCUCGAUAUCAUCCUAAUAUAAUAAUAAUAAUAAUAAUGAUAAUGAUAAUAAACGGUCACUUCACUGUAGCCUCACAGCAAUACCAGCGACUGCAAAAUGUACAACAAACAAAAACGUGAAAAAUGGAUGUGCCAUAAAAUCUGUCUUGAGCAUAUUUUGUCCUGUAUGUACUGUAUAUGAUAGAGAUCUAUUACAAAUAAACGGAUGUGAAUGCA